CCAGGGUCGGGAGAGGAACACGUCAUCAGAAGGCGCCCAGGCAAGUGGCGGUUGAAGGAAUUCAGACGGUGGAGUGGCGAUGGUUUUCAUCCCGAGCGGGGAUGGCUCCGUCAGCCUGAAAGGCUACACUCUCAUCAUGCCAGUUGUGUCUGUGGGUAAUGUUGGUCAGCUAACGGUGGAUCUGAUCAUUUCUACCCUCGCUUUGCCUCGGGUUGGUUAUAUCCACAGCGACUGUCUACUUCCAGUGGUGGGGAACAAUCCAUAUGCAACAACUUCGGAAAACUCAAUGGACAUGUGUGUCAGCUCUGAGGUUUAUGCAUCAGCAGACCGGAAGUUGGCAGUCCUGCAGAUUAGAUCUCCAAUUGUUCAGGGUAAACACCGCUCAUUUCGACAACAGCUGCUUUCUUGGAUUAAAGAAAGUGAAUUCAGCAAAGUUGUGGUCCUGUCCAGCAGUUAUGCCUUUCAUCGUGUUGACCAGCAGCUCAUUGGCACUCCACUGCGAUAUUUGGCAACACCUGCUCUGCAAACCAUUGUGGGAGACAAGUUCCAGACCCUCAAAUGGAAAGAACUUGAACGGGUAGCAGCGUUUCCUGGGAUUAGUGAGGUGGAAGAGGAGAUUUCCAUCCCUGGAGGUGGCAUCACAAAAUCAUUGUACCAUAAUAGUUGCACUGAAGGAAUCCCUUUGGCAGUGCUCCUCAUUUUCUGUUCCGAAGGAGAUAAUAUCCCUGAUGCAUUCAACCUUCUGAACUUCCUGAAUGAGUGGAUGGAGUUGAAAGAAAAGCCAAAUGAUCAACAUGGUGUAACACAAGCUCAAUGGAAGAUCCCUAGUUCUUGGAGGUUACUGUUUGGCAGUGGCAUUCCACCAGCUCUCUUCUAACUCAGUUGGUCCAAACUCCGUUUACUAUACAGUAAAUGGAUUGAAGCUAUGUUUACACUGUUGGUUACUCAUGUAAAGACAUAGUUUUUAAAAUAAAAAUCAGUCUUGGAAGUCUAAAUUAUGUACUGUUACUGCACAUCUGUUGAAUUCAUGUUGAAUAUCAAUUCUUAAAUCUCUGAUGCAAUGUUCACUUCCAGAUAAGUGAGCAGUUAAUCGUAAGGAGGCUUGGGUAAAUUGUAAAAUUGUCCUCAUGUUGGUGUGUUUACAAGGAGGAAGUGAUAUCUUUAAAUUCUAAAUGAGUGUAUAUGCAGUGACUGAAGUAUGAACAGUUUUUGAGAAAGAGAAUGUUUUGUGGGGCAGACCAAUACCAAAAGACAUCAAUAUAAGAUAGUCAAGAAGCAAUCUAAUAGAGAAUUCAGAAGAAAUGUCUGCUUGAGUUUUAAGAAUGUGAAACUUGCUGCUUUAAGGUGCGGCUUAAGUGAGUAGUGUUACUGGAUUGUGAAAAGAAGGUGGAGAACCACAAGAGGGAGAAGGGAAUAGAGGGUUAUGAUGAUAGAUUAAAAUUAAAUGCAGGAAUGGGCUAAAAUGGAACAUAAAUACCCAUUCGAUUGAAUUACCUGUUUUUCUCUAUUAAUCCUAAGUGCUGUAUAUGGUUUUGUGGGAGAAUCUUCAUUUCAGAAGUAUGCUGAGAAGCAGUGUAUUGUAUAAAUCUGUUUUAUUGUCUACUAUAUGCUCUAAAAAUGUAUUAAAGUUUCAUUUGAACCAGAUAAGUUUAAUAUUUGGUUACUUUUUUAAAAAAUAAAACAUUUUCCCUA